AUGGAGAGCGUGUCCAGCGAUCUUGCCGAGUUCAUCAUGCUGCUGCAGUGCUGCCCGCCGGCGCUGCACCGGCCGCUGGCCACGAACAUCUACGCCGACUGCCAGGUGUUCGGCAGGCACCUCGAGAGGCGCCGUGUCAUUGACUUCUUGCUGCACGACGAAGACGCUGCCGGCGGCGGCGAGCUAGGCGUUCUUCCCAUAUUCGGGCGCGCCGGCCUGGGGAAGACGACGCGCGUGCAGCACGUCUGCGACGAGCCCGCGGUGCGCCGACACUUCUCGCUGAUCAUGCAGGUGGACUUCCACUGCAUGAGCCUCACGGUACCCAGCGAGGCCGUGCAGCUUCUGCGCUCUCUGUUCAGUGUCGCCAGCACGGCCAGCGUCGCCGGCGAGCAGCUGAGGCUUCUCGAGCGGAAGCUGCGCGGCGAGACGUUCUUGGCCGUGUUCGACAACGUCGACCCGCGCAAGAAGCGAGUGAUGGACGCCAUCAUGCCGGCCCUGCGGCGCGGGCGGACAGGGAGCAGGAUCAUCGUGACCGGCAGCGACAGGCACGUCGUGGAUCUCGGCACGACGAAGCCAAUCAUCUUGCGGCCGCUGCCGCCGGAGGAGUACUGGUUCUUCUUCAAGACGCACGCGUUCGGCAGCGCGGACGACGCCGAGGCGGACCCGCGGCUGGCGGCGGCAGGCCAGGCCAUCGCCAAGAGGCUCCGCGGCUCCUUCUUCGGCGCCAAGGCCGUGGGCGCGCUGCUGAGGUCCCGCCCGGACCACAAGCUGUGGCGCCGGGUGCUGGCCGCCAGCCACGCCGAGUCUUCGUGGUUUGACCAUGGCGGCUAUGUAGCCGCCACGGCCGGCAGCCUCCUCCCUCCGCACGUGACGGUGCGCGGCGUCGCUGUCUCUGGCUCGCCAGUGAGAGGGCUCCUCGGCCUCCAAGACGCCACUUUGACAGCUCCCGCUGAUCCUGACGGUGGCGGCGGCCGGCUAGAAUUGCCAGUGCUACUCUGCAAGUCGGUCUUCCCCUCCUACUGCCUGUACUACACCGCUUAUUGCACAAUCGAUACAGAGAGCAAACAGUAA